AUGCUUUUAGUGGCCUUACAACCACCAGUUCAACAUAUACAGUAUAAUUUACAACAGCGUUUGCUGCCUGGUUUUCACGGCUAUCCGUAUCAAGGACGAGAUGUAUUUUCCCUAAUUUGUGGACAAUCCUGGAUGUUUUGGCGAAACACCAGUGAGACUACGGAAUCCUUUUUACAACUAGUUACAGAUUUAUCACAGUCUUUACUGCAGCUUAAUAUUUAUGGAAAGCCACGACAACGACUUAUACGACAACAGUUAGGUCUGACAAACCAGGUCUUGCUCAUUCUKAUAUGGCUGAGAAAAUAUCCGCAUCUCGAUAUCAUUGCGCUAAUAUUUGACACUGACCCUACUAGCAUCACGAGAAUCAUUUAUAGAAUUAUACCUCAGCUGUGGUAACAUUUCCAAAAUCAAAUUUCAUGGCCUAAUAAUGCUGAAUGGACGAAUCUUAUGGGAAAUUGGCCCGAAUUUUCAGCUGCAGUAGGGGCGAUCGACAGUACACCGCACGAUAUAUAUCGGGCUUACACAGAACCUCAGAGAACCUGUUACAGCGGACAUCGUCAUUAACACUUCUUCCACACGCAACUUGUUAUAGACAAUAAUGGACAUUUACGUUUCGUUCAAGCUGGCUUUCUUGGAAGCACCAACGAUGCAGCCUCGUACCGUCUGAUGACACCCAUAGGACCGGGACAGCCCUUGAGCCUUCCCGUUGGUGCAAAAUUUCUUGCUGAUAAAGGUUAUCCUGGUGUUGAUCCACUGCUUACACCAGUAAGAGCAAUACAAAUGCGAGCUGGCUUUCUUGGAAGCACCAACGAUGCAGCCUCGUACCGUCUGAUGACACCCAUAGGACCGGGACAGCCCUUGAGCCUUCCCGUUGGUGCAAAAUUUCUUGCUGAUAAAGGUUAUCCUGGUGUUGAUCCACUGCUUACACCAGUAAGAGCAAUACAAAUGCGAGGUUCGAAUAGGAGAGACAGAAGGCGCGCUCGCAAGUUCAAWAGAUGUUUGUCAAGUAGAAGGAUUAAAGUGGAACAUGUUUUCAAUUAA